AGAAAAUAUUUAAUUAGUGUUUUCUGUGAUUUUGCAUCCAGUUUACUGUUUUGUUUAAUUUUUAAAUUUUUCGUAAGUUGAGAAACAAUGCCGAGGCACAAUCUUUUUUCAAAUGCCGAAAUGAGGGAUAUGUUGUGUGUAUAUGCGCAGGCAAAUUUUAAUGGACGCGAAACUCAUAGACGAUAUUCAGAACUCUAUCCAAAUCGAAGACAACCUGAUUUCAAGAUCUUCAAAAAUCUUUACGAUCGAUUAGGAGAAGCAGGUACAUUUCGUCCUAAACGGAAUUCCGCAGGGCGCCCGAAGGUUAUAACUCCAGAACAAGAAGAAGAAAUUCUGGUCCGCGUGGCUGAAAAUCCGGAAAUAAGUGCAAGACAUGCUGCUGCGGCAACUGGAGUAGGCAAGUCAUCCAUUUGUAAAAUAUUUCACGAAGAGGGUCUUUAUCCGUAUCAUUUCACUCCUGUGCAAAAUAUAUUAGAAAAUGAUUUUGCGCCCAGGAUAGAAUUUGCCCGUUUUUGCCGUGCCCAAAUAAAUGCCGACCCCAUGUUUCUGAAUGAGAUACUAUUUACUGAUGAAGCAACGUUUACACGUAGAGGCAUUUUCAAUUUUAGAAAUAAACACACAUGGGCAAUACAAAAUCGACAUUCAGUACACGAACGUCAUUUCCAACAUGAAUUCAAAAUUAAUGUAUGGUGUGGUAUAAUCGAUAAUCAUUUAUUGGGCCCUUUCGAACUACCGCCCAAUUUAAACGGGGAAAUUUUUUGA